UGUUUUGCUUCCCAACAGAGAGAGAGUGCAACAUGGCUGGAGGGGGAGCAUCAGAUGUUCUGGCUCUUCACAUUCUUUGCCUUCUGUGUGGUACCAACCUUUGUCUGCCGACUGCAAAGAUAUUAGUCACAGACUUUGAUGUAGACGGUGGACUGGACCUUGACAUUUUUGACAUCAAUGAAGAGGCAGGGCUGAAUCUGAUAGAGGGAGACAUUGUUCUUGACGAGACACAAACUCGGAACUCCAUCAUAGGAGACGAGUACAGGUGGCCAACAACUGUUCCCUACUACAUGGAAGAUGACUUAGAGAUCAAUGCAAAAGGUGUGAUUCUAAAGGCCUUUGAGCAGUACCGCCUCAAGACCUGCAUCGACUUCAAGCCAUGGAGCGGGGAAGAAAACUACAUUUCCAUCUUUAAAGGAAGCGGCUGUUUCUCCUCCGUUGGUAAUCGGAGGGUCGGGAAGCAGAGGCUGUCAAUAGGAACGAACUGCGACCGCAUUGCCACUAUAGAGCACGAGUUCCUCCAUGCCCUGGGCUUCUGGCACGAGCAGUCCCGCUCGGACCGAGAUGACUAUGUGCAGAUCAUGUGGGACCGCAUCUCAGAAGGCAAAGAGCACAACUUCAACACGUACGAUGACACGGUCUCCAGCUCUUUGGGCGUACCUUACGACUACAACUCCAUGAUGCACUACAGUAAAAACGCUUUCCGGAACGGCUCGGAGCCCACCAUCGUCACCAAGAUCCCUGCUUUCAGCGAGGUCAUCGGCCAGCGCAUGGAGUUCAGCGACAGUGACCUGCUGAAGUUGAACCGCCUCUACAAGUGCACUCAAGGCUCCACCUUCCUGGAUUCUUGUGACUUUGAACGAGAGAACAUCUGUGGGAUGAUCCAGGGCCACGAGGACCAGGCCGACUGGGUGAGGGUUUCUAAUGCCCCCGGAGGGCCUGAGACAGACUAUUCCAACAUGGGCAAAUGCACAGGAUCCGGAUACUUCAUGCACUUUGGGACUGGUACAGCCAGCGCUGGAGACACGGCGGUGCUGGAGAGCAGGCUAGUUUACCCCAAAAGAGGUUACCAGUGUCUGCAGUUUUUCUACUACAACAGCGCGGGCCCCGGCGAUACGCUGAAGAUCCACGUCAGGGAGUACGACGAAGACAACCCCAGUGGAAAACUGCGCUUCAUACAGACAAUAGAUGGGUCUCCUCAGGAUUUGUGGCAGCUGCACCACGUGAGUCUAGAUGUGAGGAAAAAAUUCAGAGUUGUCUUUGAAGGGACGAAGGUGGGCCCGGGGCCGGCAGCGGGAGGCCUCUCGCUGGACGACAUAAACCUUUCCGAGACCACCUGCCCAGAGUUUGUGUGGCGAGUGAAAAACUUCAGCCAUGUCAUGGACAGCACCCCGACCAACACGCCUGUCUUCAGCCCCCCCUUCACCUCCAAGGAGGGUUACACCUUCCAGAUGACGCUUUACCCUAACGGUAGGGAUGGUUACCCGGGAGAGUUAUCCGCCUACGCCCAUCUGGUGGCCCGGGAGGGGGACGCCGGACAGACGUGGCCGUGUCCCUGGAAACAGAUAACUAUGAUGCUGAUGGAUCAGCACCCACACAUUCAAAAGCGCAUGUCCAAUCAGCGCAGCGUCACAACCGACCCGAACAUGAAGGCAGCGGAUUCUGACCUCUUUUUCUGGGAUGAUCCCCGGAAGGUUGGUGCUGAGGUUACGGAACCGGAUGGGGCCAGGUAUUUCCGAGGGCCGGGCGCUGGCACUCCAGUGUAUCUCACCCACCUGAGGGCGAAGAGCAGAGACUUUAUCAAGGGAGGAGACGCCAUCUUUCUGCUCACAAUGGAAGAUGUGUCCCAUCUGACCGUGUCCCAGCCCGUGCCUUCCACAACCUUGAAACCCACAUCUCAGUCUGCAACCACUAACGCUUCAGAUAGCUGCCUGGAUAAACAGUGUCAGAAUGGCGGAGUUUGUGUGGUGGAUCAAGGGAAGCCUUCAUGCAGGUGUGAGGUGGGCGAUGACUGGUGGUACUACGGGGACAGCUGUCAGCACAGGGGCUCCACGCAGGACAAAACCACUCUUGCACUGGCCUCAUCCCUGUCUGUGCUGGGAGCCAUGCUGCUGAUCACAGUGGUCAGCGUCCUCUGCGUGAAGAAGAAGUACAAGAAACGCGUCGCAAAUACGGGCAUAGCCUUGGAGAACGCCUAUGCCAAUUAACUCUGACAGCAAAUUGGACUUUUAGUCCAGCGGUGAAUCUAACGUUGCAUUAGAUUGCCACCUGCUGGUCAUUUGAUGUAAAACAAAAACAAAACAAAAAAA